AUGGUAGCUGUCCGAGGAGCUCAGUUGGAGGAAACCCUAAGAAAGGCCGCAGUAGCGACAGACUUGAUGGUUAGCAGGAUCAGACUACUGGGACUCAAGGUGGCUCUGCCCAAAACGGAGGCUAUCGUCUUCCAGAAAAGAGGCUGGAGAGUUCCAGCUGGGACAACCAUUCCUGUAAGCGGCGAGAUGGUUCAAGUAAUGCCCCAUAUCAAAUAUCUGGGCAUUGUCUUGGACAAAAAUUUGAAUUUUGAGGAGCACUUCCUCCAAUUGGCUCCGAGAAUUGUAGGUGCUGCCUCUGCACUAGGCCGACUGUUGCCUAACAUAGGGGGCCAGGCGCUCCGUGCCGCCGCCUGUAUGCCGGCGUGGCUCGCAGUAUGGCGAUGUAUGGUGCUCCGGUGUGGGCGCAUCGCUUGA